GUGUUUGGUCCGUGCAUGUAACCCAAGCUGCAGAGCGUUAAAAUAUUACAUUAAAAAUUAAACAAAAAACAUAAAUAAUCUGCGGGAAACUGCAACCGAGUCACUAAGGCGGCCUGGACAUUUAUUUGCAAGUGUUUCAGAAAAUGACAACCAUAAAAAGGAAACGAUCUAAUGAUGGGUCUGAAGAGUCCUCCAUCUCUGUAAACCUCUCUACAGCCCAGGUCCAAGAUCUGAUCUCCCAAGAGGUGCAGAAUUCUAUGGAACAGUCUGAUAAAAUGAUGAAAGCACUAAUUGAGAGAAUUCAGGAGAUCAAUAAUGAACCCAGAUACGAUGCCAGAAUUCGGAAGCUAGAGGCCCAAGUUAGGAAAGUAAAGCGAAGAGGGGACGCCGUAUUUACGGACAUACGGAAACGUGGACUCUUGGAACCGGACCAGAGUCUCAUCCUUACACCUGAGGCGAAAAAUGGUGCUGCAGACAGUUCUCCAAACGGAGAGAUUUCUGGCUCGUCAGCAUCAGGAGACAUCUCUAGCAAAGCGAACCUGACGAGAAAGCCCAAAGAAGGCUUCUGGAGGAGUUUGCUCCCCAAGAAACAGAUUGUGGACCUGACAGAUGAUGGAGAAGUGUGCAGACAAAAUGGGACGACACACAUCGAUUCUCCUCAGACAUCAUCGCAGGACACCCUGGACAGCAGAUCUUCUCCAUUGGAAGGCGGGGAGAUUUCGUGCCUUGGUACUAUGACUGACAAAGAAAGACUCGAUGUGCAGGAAGCAGAGGCGGCGCUGCGGUCCAGACUCCCGCCGUUCCCGGACACCCCGUUCCCGCACCAGCUUCCUGUCGCGGCCGCCAGCAAAUCCAUGCCUCAGAAGCCCAUCAUGAAAGUGGCCCGCACGCAGAACCCGCAAGGGAUAGCGCUGGUCUGGAACGUGGAGGAGGUCGACCCGGACGCCGCCGCCAUGGACUGCUACUACAUCUACGUAGCGCAGGAGCGCAGCGACGGAACGUUCUCCAAAUGGAAAACCAUGGGCGUGAUCAAAGCUGUGCGCCUGCCCAUGGCCUGCAGGCUGUCGGUGGGCAAAAACGCAGACAAAAUGCUGUGUUUCCUCAUCAUCGGCAAGGACGUGUACGGCCGCUACGGACCCUACAGCGACGUCCACACCAUCUCGCCUGGCAAGACGUGAACUCUGCGUGCUUUUAAGUAUUCGUUUUAGUAACGGUUCAGCGAGCCGAGCAGCUCAGCAGACUUUUAAACGUUCAUCAAAUUAGUAUUAAUCCCUUCCUUUAUUCAUAUUUGGUGCCUGAUGAAUUAUUUGAUAUUGGUACAAUAAAACGUGAUAAAAGUU